CGCGGGAGUCCGACCCGAGUGCGCAGCGGAGCCGGGACCCUCCCUCUGACUUUUGGACCCGGUCAUGGCGUCACUGCCGACACUGCUCUGCCUCUGUGUUGCCGCCGCGCACCUGGCGGGGGCCCGAGGCACCACCACAGAGGAGCCCACAGUGACUGCGUGGGGCCUUGAAGGUUCAUCAUUGCGCCCUGGCCAGCCCUCACCAGCCCUGGAGGACUGGGAAGAGGCCAGCGAGUGGACAUCCUGGUUCAACGUUGACCACCCGGGGGGCGACGGAGACUUCGAGAGCCUGGCUGCGAUCCGCUUCUAUUACGGGCCGGCGCGCGUGUGCCCGCGGCCGCUGGCGCUGGAGGCGCGCACCACGGACUGGGCCCUGCCAUCAGCCGUCGGCGAGCGCGUGCACUUGAACCCCACGCGCGGUUUCUGGUGCCUCAACCGCGAGCAGCCUCGGGGCCGCAGCUGCUCCAACUACCACGUGCGCUUCCGCUGCCCGCUCGAGGCCACGUGGGGCGCGUGGGGUCCGUGGGGUCCCUGUUCAGGAAGCUGCGGGCCUGGCCGUCGCUUACGCCGCCGCCGCUGCUCAAGCCCCGCUGGGGAUGCGUGUCCUGGGCGUCCCUUGGAGGCGCAGAAAUGUGUGAGGCCUCAGUGUCCAGGGUGUGGUCCCAACACCUGUGGGUGCCCCGACCACAUCCUUCUGGGGUCGGUGGUCACCCCAUCUGGGCGUCCGCUGCCAGGAGCCAGGGUCUCCCUGAGAGACUGGCCUGGCGUCGUGGCCACUAGCGAUGCUCAGGGAACCUUCCAGAUGCCUGGAGUCUGUGCCAGCAGCCGAGCCAACGUCAGUGCCCAAAUGGAUGGUUUCUCUGCAGGCGUGGCCCAGGCGCAGGCUAACAGCUCCCUAUCUGCUGUGGUCACUGUUGUCCUUGAUAAGCUGGAGAAACCCUAUCUGGUGAAGCACCCCGAGUCCCGAGUGCGAGAGGUUGGCCAGAAUGUGACCUUCUGCUGCAAAGCUUCAGGCACCCCCAUGCCCAAGAAAUACUCCUGGUUCCACAAUGGGACCCUGCUGGACAGGCGAACGCACAGGUAUGGGGCCCACCUGGAGCUGCAUGGGCUUCACCCAGACCAGGCAGGCACCUACCACUGCAAAGCGUGGAAUGACGCGGGGGCCGUGCGCUCGGGUACCGCCCGGCUCACUGUGCUUGCCCCAGGCCAGCCAGCCUGCAACCCCCAGCCCCGAGAACACUUCAUCAAGCUUCCAGAUGAGUGCACUCAGCCAGGCGGCAGCCCUGCCUACCUGGAUGUAGGCCUCUGCCCUGACACCCUCUGCCCCAGCCCUGCAGGCUCGGGCCCCCGCUGUGGGGAUACAGGCUCCCGCUGCUGCUCCGUGCGCCGCCUGGAGAGCAGGAAGAUCCACUGCUCUGGCUCUCUCCUCCCAGUCAAGAUAGUGGCUGAGUGUGGCUGCCAGAAAUGUCUGCCCCCUCGGGGGCUGAUCCGGGGACGUGUGGUGGCGGCUGACUCCAGGGAGCCCUUGCGCUUUGCCCAGAUCCUCCUGGGCCGGGAGCCCAUUGGCUUCACAUCCUACCAGGGCGACUUCACCAUCGAGGUGCCACCUUCCACCCAGAGGCUGGUGAUUACUUUUGUGGACCCCAGGGGCCAGUUCGUGGACACUGUCAGGGUCCUGCCUUUUGACCCUCGAGGUGCUGGCGUGUACCACGAGGUCAAGGCCAUGCGCAAGAAAGCCCCUGUCAUCUUAGAUGCCAGCCAGAGCAAUACAAUAUCCCUUGGGGAGCUGGAAGACGAGGACCCCUUAGGUGAGCUGGUCAUCCCGCCGGGAGCCUUCCGCAGAGCCGACGGUGAACCCUACUCUGGGCCUGUGGAGGCCCGGGUGACGUUCGUGGACCCUCGAGAUCUUACCUCAGCGGCCGCGGCCCCCAGUGACCUACGCUUCGUGGACAGUGACGGGGAGCUGGCCCCACUGCGCACCUACGGCAUGUUCUCCGUUGACCUCCGUGCCGCUGGCUCCGGGGAGCAGCUGCAGACUGGGCCGGUGGCCGUGCGCGUGGCCGCCAGCCAGAUCCGAAUGGCCGGUCACGUGGAGGCCCUGAAGCUGUGGUCACUGAACCCCGACACGGGCUUGUGGGAAGAGGAGAGCGGAUUCCAGCGUGAAAGGUCGGCCGCCCCGCGGGUCCGCCGGGAGGAGCGGGUCUUCCUGGUGGGCAACGUGGAGAUACGGGAGCGGCGUCUGUUCAACCUGGACGUGCCCGAGCGCCGCCGCUGCUUCGUCAAGGUGCGCGCCUACGCCAACGACAAGUUCACCCCCAAUGAGCAGGUGGAGGGUGUGGUAGUCACUCUGGUCAACCUGGAGCCUGCCCCCGGCUACUCGGCCAAUCCCCGCUCCUGGGGCCGCUUCGACAGCGCCGUCACCGGCCCUAACGGCGCCUGCCUCCCCGCCUUCUGCGAUGCCGACCGGCCGGAUGCCUACACCGCCCUGGUCACCGCCACGCUGGGUUACCGCCGUACCGACCACGAUGACCCCUCCUUCAAACGCAAUGGCUUCCGCAUCAACCUGGCCAAACCCAGAUCGGGCGACGCCGCCGAGGCCAACGGCCCCGUGUACCCGUGGCGCAGCCUGCGGGAGUGCCAGGAGGCCCCGGUGACCGCCAGCCACUUCCGCUUCUCUCGCGUGGAGGCUGACAAAUAUGAGUACAACGUGGUCCCCUUCCGCGAGGGCGCGCCGGCCUCCUGGACUGGAGAUCUCCUGUCUUGGUGGCCCAACCCGCAGGAAUUCCGGGCCUGCUUCCUUAAGGUGAAGAUCCAGGGCCCCCAGGAGUACAUGGUCCGCUCCCACAACGCAGGGGGCAGCCACCCGCGAACCCAGGGCCAGCUCUAUGGGCUUCGGGAUGCGCGCAGUGUCCGAGACCCUGAGCGCCCUAGCACAUCUGCCGCCUGUGUGGAAUUCAAGUGCAGCGGGAUGCUGUUCGACCAGCGUCAGGUGGACAGGACGCUGGUGACCAUCAUGCCCCAGGGCAGCUGCCGGCGUGUGGCCGUCAACGGACUUCUGCAGGAUUACUUGACCAGGCACCCCCCAUCCCCACCAGCCGAUGACCUGUCUGCCUUCUCCAUGUUGGCCCCGCUGGACCCUCUGGGUCACAAUUAUGGUGUCUAUACAGUCACUGACCAGAGCCCACGGCUGGCCAAGGAGAUCGCCAUUGGCCGCUGCUUUGAUGGCUCUUCUGAUGGCUUCUCCAGGGAGAUGAAGGCCGAUGCUGGCACAGCUGUUACCUUUCAGUGCCGGGAGCCACCAGCGGGCCGGCCCAGCCUCUUCCAGAGACUGCUGGAGUCCCCAUCGACAGCGCUUGGUGACAUCCGCAGGGAGAUGGGCGAGGUGGCCCGGGCACAGGCCCGAGCCUCGGGUCCCCUCCGCACCCGCCGAGGCAGGGCCCAGCAGUGACCUGGGCCCCAGCCUUGCUCCUCUGCCCUGCUCCAGACUCCUCUGUCCCUGGGAAGUCUCACCCCUUGCUUCUCCAGAUGCUUGUUCUCUCUUCAGGUUUCUGGGUACCCCCUUCCCCUGCCCAGAUUCAGAGUAGGGCCUAAUGGUGGAAAUGCCAGGCAGGUGAUUGUUGCUGUGUGAUGUGAAAUGGAGUUCAUCCCAUGUGGGAGCCAACAUCCUGGGAGACCGUCAGGACAGGCGUCUGAGGCCCCAAGAGAAUCUUUCCCAGCUCACAUUCUGGCUCUGAUUUCAUGUGUAUUUUGACCCUGAUUUCAGAGAGUCUGCCCCUUUAGAUUUCUGCACUGAGCUAAGUGCUUUAUUGGGUCCUCUGCCCUGAGCUCUGUUCUUGGGGUUAUUUAUUGAAACAAAGCCUGAAGGGCUGGUCACAGGUGUGAGUGGGGAGUCUGGGUGUGGCCCAUUGAAGGUCUAGGGAAGGGGCUUCUUGGCUCUGGGGCUGGGAGGCAUAAUUCUCACAUGUUUGGUGCUUGGAGAUUCCCCAGGGGGUUUGGCGCAAGGAAUCAA